CGGCGCCCCCACUCGGCUCCGCUCGGGCCGCGCUCGGCUAUUUCCGCUUCUUUGUUUUAAACUCUGGGCCGAGCCUUUUAAUUUUAUCCCCCCCCCCCCCCCCCCCCUUUUAUUUUUAAAGAAAAAUUUAAUUUCUUGGCGGGGGAGGGGAAGAGGGGCUGGUGUUCCCCGCUGCCUAGCGUUACCUCGCUCGCGUCCUCUGCCUUCUGUCUGUUGUGGCGCCUGGAGUAGGACGGGCCAGGGAACGGAGGAUCGGUGCGGGGAGGAAAAGCCCCCGCCAGAGCCGAGAGGCGACAGCGACCCUCCCCCGUCACAGACACCAAAGAUGCUAACAAGAAAGAUUAAGCUUUGGGACAUUAAUGCCCAUAUAACCUGCCGUCUGUGCAAUGGAUACCUGAUUGAUGCUACUACUGUAACAGAAUGCUUACAUACUUUCUGUAGAAGCUGCUUAGUGAAGUAUUUGGAGGAAAACAACACCUGUCCAACCUGUAGAAUUGUUAUACACCAGAGCCAUCCUUUACAGUAUAUUGGUCAUGACAGAACAAUGCAAGAUAUUGUUUACAAACUUGUGCCAGGUCUCCAAGAAGCGGAAAUGAAAAAGCAAAGGGAGUUUUAUCACAAACUGGGCAUGGAAGUUCCAGGUGACAUCAAAGGGGAGACGUGUUCUACAAAACAGCACCUAGAUUCCCAUCGAAAUGGUGAAACUAAAACAGAUGAAAAUUCAAACAAAGAAACUUCAGAGGAAAAACAGGAAGAAGAUAAUGACUACCACCGAAGUGAUGAACAGGUAAGCAUCUGCUUGGAAUGCAAUAGCAGCAAAUUGCGUGGAUUGAAACGAAAAUGGAUUCGUUGCUCAGCACAAGCAACAGUCUUGCAUCUAAAGAAGUUCAUUGCCAAAAAACUUAACCUUUCUUCUUUUAAUGAGCUGGACAUAUUAUGCAAUGAAGAGAUUCUUGGCAAGGACCACACGCUCAAGUUUGUAGUUGUUACAAGAUGGAGAUUUAAGAAAGCACCUCUACUGCUACAUUACAGACCUAAAAUGGACUUGCUGUAAGAGAACUUUAUUGUCCUUCUGGACAGAGAUUUUUGCAGAGACUAUCAUCUGGCACCUUCUUAGUGCAUCACUAAUCACAUGACACAAACCAGCUGAAUAAUUUUGGAAGACUGUAGGGCUUUCGUAGCAGGCUGUCCUCCUAAGUAUUUCUUCUAGGGAUUGUAUUACCUAGAUUUCUGGACAGAAAAUAUUUAUACCUGUUUGUUUGUUUGUUUGUUUGUUUUUGUAUGGAAGAAAGAAGUCUCAGCUCAACAAGACACUACCAGCACUAAGUUUACAGAAACUGAAUACACUUCACAGUUCCAUGUAGCUUGGCCUGAUUUAUCUCUUAGAGUUACACAGUAAUAAGUUAGAAUGUUGUGGGUAAUUUUAAAACGUUGCUUUUGACACCAAGUUGCAUUUAGUUACUUUUCACAUCCUGAAUCUUUAAAAACUAUUUUUUUGCUGAGUGUUAUUGUCUUAUGUAGUAUGCCUUUUUGCGUUUGCUUUAUUCAAGUUAUUAUGUAGAGCAUUGAACAUACCUAAUGAUAGAGUGAUAGGUGAUAACUUAUUAUACUGCACUGAAAACUUCUGGAAGUCUGGGAAACACAAGUUUGUCUUUUUGCCCAGUUGUUGCUCUCCCUCGUUUUGUGUUUUAGUAAGUUUUUUAUACUGCCCUAUGCAUGUUGAUUUGGUAAAAUUAGUAGAAAUACUUUCAGUUGAUUUUAAUGUGCCCUGAUAUUUUCCUGUGGCAUAAAUCACACCACAUAAUGACAAAUACUCAAAAGUACUAGAUUUGUGAACUUGAAAAAAAUAAACAUUUCUUAUGUAGUUGUGGCUUGCAGAAAUCAGUUUUUAAUUUAGAAAGAAUAUCUGCUCUCACUGCCUAUUUAAACACUGACUCUUGGGCAACUUUGAGUGAUAUUGCAGAGUUUUCAUUUCGCUGAUUAAAAAUUCCUGAGAUGAUUAUGAGCAGCUUUAUAUCUCCUUUACCUGUUUUCUUAUGAAACUGUAGCAUUUUCUUUAGCGCAAUUCCUAGCUGUCUUGGUGGGGGAGGGUAGAGGAGAGAAUGGUGUAUCAGAUAAGAUUAUUUUAGCACCUUCUGGCCUUAACUGAUAAUUUUGCUUGCAUCAGCCCUAAUGUAUGCAAUGAUGCAAGGUAAUGCAUGCAUGUAUGUAUGGGUGCAUACAUCUGUAUGUAUAUGUAACUAUAUAUGUUAUAGGAUGCAUCCUUAAUAGCACUUAGCAGGAUUCACUGUACUUUUUGUAAGGCAUUUUGAAAUAGCUGGCUUUUAAAAACGGUAGUUGGAAGUGAUUUCUGCAAGCUAUACACAGUAUAGCAUACAUAGUGUGAUUGUGAGAGUAUUUGUCUGGCACGGGGGUCAAAUCACUGAAAUAAUAUGCCAUAUUAUUGGCAGCAGGAAAUAGUUAACCUAAUUUUUUGACCAGUUUUUCAGUGAGAUGAAAAUGUUCAUUGCUAUUGCUGUUAUUUAACCCUGUUAUUUUUUGAUAAAUUGUCUUCGGAUAAGAAAAUAAGUUUGCCUGUAACUACUCGCUUCCUGUAGCUAUGCUCCUUCUCCUCUUCUGCUAGAAAGUAUUAUUUGUUACUCAGUAACAGGAAACUGGUACUGCAAGGGGUUUAUCCAAGGAUUUUAAAUCUUCCUCCUCUUCAGUUUUCAAAGCACCAUAUUCACCCUUCUUUCUCAGCUCUGCUGCUGUAGAAGGGCUGAUCCAACUUGUGUUUACCUUAGAAAACAGGGUUCUUUGUUUUUAAUUACAGUCACAAAUGGGAAGGAAAUAAAAAAGUAUGGUAGUAGAGAAUGAAAAGGAAUGGAAAACCAAUGGAAAAGGAAUGGAGAGCCACAUCCACACAAAGGCCAAAACGUGCUGCUGUCAUUGCAGAUGAGGCUGAGAGGAUAACUACAUUUGAAUGUUUGGUUUAUGCAGGACUCCACGUCUGGGCUGGGUGGCUGGAUUUGUGUGGUGGUGGUGGUGUGUAUGCAUGCAUUCGAGCAGUGGAAUCAAACUUGGCUCUGGUUUUGUCUUAAUGUUUGUGGACUCAGGUGUGCAUGCUUUUGAGGGGAGGGGGUUUGGUCUUCUGGCAUUACUUGAACUGGCAGAAGAAAACAAAUGAGAUCAUAGGUCUACCAGUUUUAUAAUCUUUUCGUGAAACUGAAUGCAGGUGGUGUGAAUGUGUACACAAACUGACAUACUGAGUCUUGGAGCUGUUCAUGUGGUUAAUAGUGUCCUAGUGUAAAUAAGGGACUGACUUUUAGCCACUUAGACACUGAGAAUACGAACAGAGCAGAGCUUAUGUCCACUCUCAGUGCACCCUGACUAUACAGGCACUGGCUGUACCUGAUGUCGACAUAAGAUUAAACCUGCCAAACAACAUUCUGAUUAGCCAUCUUAAUCAGGAUACACACGUAAGUACACACAUAAGUACAAAUACAUAUAUGUGAGAUCUGUCUACCUCAGAGUGUGUAUACUGCAGAAGGUUUUUGUGUGACUAGAAUAUUAAUGCGGUCCUCUUAAAUUACGUUGCAGUUUUAGUACUUCCCUGUGUACUUGUGCAACUGAGAAAUGAGUUACAAACACACAAAUUCAGAAGCCUUUAAAAUCUCUUGCUGUAAUAAUCUACAGUACAGAAUAUAUAUUUGUAAGUUUAUAACAAUAUUUAGAAUCACUUGAAUUUGUUGUGGUGCUAUCAAUAUAUUGAAAGUUUUGUUUAUACCUAUAUGGAAACAUAAAUUCAAACCAGUAUUGAUACCUAUAGUUGUUGGGGUUUUUUCCUCAUAAUUGGGUGUAAUUGCUUUGCUAAUUUGUUUAAUCUGCUAAAACCUCACCAGUAAAAAGAAAAAAAGACCAAACAACAAAACCAUCCAAUUAUUCUUCUCAGUCAUGUGUCACAACAUCUUCACUACCUCUUUCCAUCAGGAGGGAUGUGACUGUGUCUGGACCUUGUGUUUAUUUCCUUUAGCCUUCCUAAAAGACUACAAUGCAAUUGAAUUGGGGUCAGAGGGAGGUCCCCUUUGGGUUAGAGCUUUGUUUCAGUUCUGUGAAGCUUAAGAGACAGUUAAUUUAUAUCAAGAAUAUAUUGGGUAAAAUAACCCUGAUACUGUUCAAAGUUGGACUAAAAAUUGGACUCAGCGUAGAGAUCUCAUAGUCCUAGUGAGAUCACUUUAGUUUGUUUUGGCUUUCAUACAGAUGCCAUUACUGUGAAGUAUUUUUCACAACUGCUUAUGCUGGUAAAUAAUUGCAGUAAAGAAGUACCUUGUUGCAUUGUCGUCAGCAGCAAUGACACUGAUGAAUCACCCAGGCUCAAAGUCCUCUUAAGUAUAGUUUCAUUAAAAAUAGAGAAUUCAGAUAGAAUAUAUAAUAUUGAAUUUAAAUAAGA